AUGGCGGUGUACCUGGACUGCCGUGUGGAAGACGUGGUUGUGUCGUCUGCAUCCAAGACGCGACUGUCCUGUUACCGAGCAGGGGCCCUGUUCGCCUUGGCCUUUCGAGAAAGAGACUCGGGAGGUGUGCGAUUGCUAUCGGAAGACGGCGUACCGCUGCCCAGCGAACUGCCGCGAAAGCAGGGAGCCCAGGUGAGCGCCCUCUCGUGGCACCCUUGGGCACCGCUACUGGCGCUAGGAUGGGACAACGGCGAGGUGUGCGUGUGGGACGAGCGCCGGGCGUCUCUGCACGAGCCGCAGACUCAGCACAAGCGCGCUGUGGCCAGACUCUUGUGGAAUGGCACCGGCACGCGACUGGUGUCUAUCGACGCCGUGGGUACCUGCAUAGGCUGGAAAGCGUCCAGGGCGGCCAACGGAGGUGUCUCCUUUGCCACGGCAUUUUACCACGAGCUCAGGGACUCCCUUGUCUCCCUAGCCUUCAGGGAUCACCGGCGGCAAAGACGCAACCGGAGCCUGGAUAACGACGGUGGCGAGGAGGAGGCGUUCCUGGCGUCGAACGAGGGGUCCUCUAUGAUGGCAGACGAUGAGACGACUUCUAAUGAUUUUUACGUGGGCUCAACGACAGGAGUCAUCUACUUUGUCAGCGAGAACGGGAGCUGCGGCGACGUGUACCAGAUGGACGCAGGUGUUGCACGUCUUCUGCAUGACGUUUCUAGAGACGCCCUCGUAGUUGUCACCGACACAUUGACCCUAGCCCAGUUUUCUAUAGCAGACGGUGGCUUGUUAUCAGAGAAAAGCCGUUUCAAAGUUAGUGGGCAUGGUACAGACAUGGUGGUCACGUGGGUCGCUGCAAAAGACGGAAUAAUUGGCUUAGCGGCCGGUGAAGCAAGCGUUCGCUUGCUGAACCUGGAGACUGGGGAGACCACGGUGCUGUCGCUCCCAGGCGCGGAAUAUGGCGAAACAGUUUCGUGCAUAACCGCAGAUGCUGCUGGGCGGACUCUUAUCGUGGGCACGAAUCAUGGCCGGGUCGUUGUGUGGACGCUAACAGAAAACGGCGCUGACAGUAGAUAUUGGCGGUCACAGUUGGCCGCCAGUUUAUGUAGUCCCGUUCGAGAACUGGCGAGGUGCGAUACUCUCCGGAUCACUGGCACCCUGACGAUUGAGGAUUUGUUUCUUCUAAUAGAACAAGAAGCUUGCUUCAGUUUCCGGGAAGGCUGCCUCGCUCUUCAAACAGCCGCCAGACAAGUAUUUGUGGAUGGUGUCUCUAGUAACUGUCAGAUCAUUCUACAAACCGAAAUCCCUGUAAAGUCCUUGUUCGUGAGUCGGCACCACAUGGCUGUAUCCAAUGGAAAACGGCUCUUUUUCUAUGAGAUGCUGCCAAGUAGCAAGUCAGCCAAGUUCUUAGGAGCUAUGAACACAGCAUCUUCACUAAUCGGACUGCACGAGUCAAGCGUCUACCUCGUAGAGAAUGGCAAGCUCCACGUCAAGACAUUCCAGGGCAUCCUAAAGCAGACUAUUCCUGUUUAUGAAGAAGAUGCCAGCGCAGCCUGUCUCGACAUAUCGGGAAUUUUUCUCGCCCUUGGCUUAUCUAACGGCUGCGUCCGCGUCUGGGACUUGAGCAGACGAGAGCUCAAGCUCCACGCAGAACUGAAGACAGCACUUGUUGCCAAGAGAAGCAAUAUGCCCCACUACAAAAUCUCUAGUAUCAAGUGCAACUGCGCCGGUAAUAAAGUCAGCUUUCUCGUCCUAGAGGAGAGCGUGCCACAUCGCACAGCACGCCGCGAAGGUUGCACUCUUUACGUCUGGAGUAUAGAAGAUGACUCGCUGUUCGAAUUCAAUUUCACUACUGGCGAAAGCUGCAAGGGGCAAGCUGUCGGUGACUCGCCAUCCAACGGCACGGUACGCGACCGAGCUCCGAUUUCGCAUUACUGGGAUGAAAGUGAUCCUCGACUACUUGUUUGCGAAGCUCAGUGUGUGCCGUCGGGUCAUGCACAAAUCGAUGCGUCCAGAAAGCGUGAACCACGCGUGGUGGUGGUGUCCUUUUUUGUAACGACAGAAUAUGGAAUUUUGGAACAAGAUGUCUUCCCACUUGACGACAAGUUCAGGCUGAUGGGCGUACACGUUCCAUUCUUUUAUCUGUUGGCCAAGCAUUCUGAUGACGUCCGCGAACCAGGGAUGGCUGAGAAAGUUCCUGGUUCCAAGCACGUCUUCCGGAUGCCAAUGCGCGAUUUCGUCGGUUUGCACGAUUGUGAUGACACCGUGCGUGACGCCAUUAUGUCAUUCAGCUUCUUCCUGACACUCCGGGACAUGGACGAGGCUUUCAAAGCAAUAAAGGCCAUCAAAAAUGAGGCAGUCUGGGAGAACAUGGCGCGCAUGUGUGUGAAAACCAAGCGGCUUGAUGUGGCCAAGAUAUGCCUCGGAAAAAUGGCUCAUGCGCGUGGGGCUUGGUCCUUGAGACGAGCCAUGGAGACUGAGCCCGAGCUAGAAGCACAAACGGCUAUCCUGGCACUCCAGCUUGGCAUGGUGCAAGAGGCUGAGGAUUUACUCGAAAGCUGCAGCCGCUACGACUUGCUCGUCAGGGUUCUGGAAGAUUCGGGCCAAUGGGAACGAGCCAUAGACGUCGCUCGACAUCACGACCGAAUUCGCCUGCGAGCCACGUACCAUAACUACGCGAAACACCUCGAGGCGUCGGGCGAUAUUGAGAAAGCAGUAGCGGCAUACGAGAAAGCUGAAACACAUCUGUUCGAUGUGCCUCGCAUGCUUUUCGACAACCCGCAGGCGUUGGAGCAGUACGUUCGUGCGAGCGGAAGCCCCGAGAUGAUCAAGUGGUGGGCCCAGUACAUGGAGAGCGUAGGGGAGAUGGAGGCAGCAUUGCAAUUCUACGAAGCCGCGCGGGACUAUUUGUCGCUUUUGCGCGUGCACUGCUACUUUGGCAACGUGGACAAGGCGUGCGAGAUCGCCAACGAAAUGGAAGACAGGGCGGCGUGCUUUCACCUGGCGAGAUACCUAGAGAACCAGGACAAUGUUCUGCAAGCGGUUCAUUUCUUCGCGAGAGCGCGUGCGUUUGGUAAUGCCAUUAGGGUCUGCAAAGAAAACGACAUGGACGAUCAGCUGUACACCCUGGCCUUGCAAGCGGCGCCCAAAGAAGCUCUUGAGGCGGCCCGCUACUUUGAGCAGCGCCAAGACGGUCUUGAGAAAGCGGUCUCCCUGUACCAGCGCGGAGGCUGGACCUGCAAGGCGGCUGAACUGGCUCUCCAGGCCGGAGACCUGGGCGCUCUACAGCAGGCCGCCCAGGAGCUGGGACCUAACGCCGACCCUGUCCUUGUGCGCACCACAGCCGACCGACUUGCGGCCACCGGAAAGCACGAUCAAGCUGUGAUGCUGCUCGCCACCAGCGGACAGAGCGACGCCGCGCUUCAGCUGUGCAUACAGUCCAACGUACUCAUCACCGAGGAACUUGCAGACAGGCUUAUUGAGGAAAUCGCCACCGACGACAAGGCCAAGCUACGUGGAGUCCUCAAGAAAAUUGCAGAGUGCUGCUUCAAGCAGGACAACUACCACCUGGCAGCCAAGAAGUUCACCCAGGCAGGCGAUAAGGUGCAGGCUAUGAGGGCGCUCCUGAAGUCCGGCGAUACACGCAAGAUAGUGUUCUUCGCCAGCGUGUCCCGGCAGCGAGACAUAUACGUCUUGGCCGCCAACUAUCUCCAGACGCUCGACUGGCAACGAGAUGCUGACGCAGCAAAGAACAUCGUCUCUUUCUACACCAAGGCCAGGGCCUUCGAUCUGCUGGCCGGCUUCUACGAGUCCUGCGCUCAAGUGGAGAUCGAAGAACGUCGGGACUACGAGAAGGCCUUGGCGGCCCUGAACAAAGCACACGAGUGUCUUCAGUUGGGCGGCGACACGUCCAAGGCGGCGGCGAGGAUCAGGAGCCACAUAGAUGCCAUUCGAAAGUUUCUCGCCGUGCAGGAACUGUACACGGACAGUCCGCUCGAAGCGGUGGCUCAGUGCGAAGAUAUGACCAAGCUCAAUCUAGAGCCGGCAGUGCGCAAGAGAGACUUAUUUGCUUUCCUCGUGCAGCACUACGUGAAUGGAAAGGACUACGCCGCGGCGAGACGUUGCUUGCAGGAGCUCCAGAUGGCUGUGCCUGGAGUCGCGGUCUCCGACUACGUGGACGCUGAAGUUUUGAGACUCGUAGGUUGGAGCUCGGAUGAACGUCGCAGUCUUCAGCAGAUGUCACUACUCGCGAGGUGUGUCACUGCUAGCAAUGGUGCGGCCACAGAGCGAGAUGAAGACCGCUACAGCUCGGACGGUGAGGUACAGGAGGAACUGUUCGACUAGCUUGGAACGACGCCUUUGGAGCCAGAUAAUCACCCUGUUUUCUUUUUUUUUUUUUCUUACGGGUCUGGGGAGGUGGCAAAAUGGCACAGAUAUAUUAAUAGGAAGCAUAAUAAUAUUGGAAGAACACAAGUUUUGCUUAUAAAAUGUGAGGACAGCUUGG